AUGAAGGCUCUGUUGCACGAGGCGCCCGACUUAAAGGCGGGGCUAGAGAAGGAACUAAAUCGCCAUUUCGGACGGAAGUGGACCCUGACCGGCAUUGAUGGUCAUGUGAUUGGGGAGAAGCAGGGAUUCGUUUGCCAGAUCUAUCGGCUAGUUUUGUCCUGGAAACACGACGAAGAAGGCGGAGCUGACCAGCCCUUAACUGUCAUCGUCAAAUUCCCUCAGCUUGCCGCGCAGACCGAGCUGAUAAAAGAAAUUUUUCAUAAGUUCGACGAAGCUGCCACGAAACCCGAAGAACAAAGUAGUCAUCAUUUUGUUAUACGGAUGCAUAACGACGAAUGUCUGUUCUACUCUUUACUCGAGGGAAGCGUCCCGCCAUUUCCAUUGGCUACGUUUUAUGGUCUGGUGGACAUAGGCAAGCCGUUCAAGAUGUUGCUGAUGGAAGACCUGACCGGAUCGGCAUGUCUGACGAACGACUUAUUGCACGGCCUCAGUGACGAGCAAGUGUACAGUGUUGUGGAUGCACUGAACGUCGACGUGACAGUAAUGUUACGAGCCGGACUUGCCGAGGCGAGGAAGAUGACCAGCGACAAAAUGAGUUGCGACGAAUUCGAUGUCAUCGAAAGUUUCCUGUCACGAAACACGUUACACGAGUGGUACGUGACGACGGUGAAACUCAUGCCGGCCGUGUUGGUUCAUGGUGACCUGUGGUCGAACAACAUUCUGUUCGAAAGGAACGAAAGCGGCCAGGCCGGGAACAAGGUUAAAGCUCUGAUCGACUGGCAAGCGUGCUGCAUCGGCAGCAGUCUCGAGGACGUGGCUCAUUUCCUGUGCGGCGCACUGUCGACCCCUCGUCGUCGGGCGAUCGAGGAGGCAAUUCUACAACAUUACUUGACGCGCCUGAUCGAAAGGGUCGGGCCGAUGCCUCAGCUGACCCUGGGCAACGUCCGGCGACAGUAUCGCCGAUGCUUUCGUCAAAACGCGUACAUGCUCCUGUCACUCAUUCCCAUGCUGAUCGGCAAUGUCAUCGAUACGAAUGUUCCUGAUGGCGCCGAACGUAAGGAUGAACUAAUCUCCAGAGCCGUAAAUGCUUGCCACGACGCCAUGUCGUUCAUGUGA